GAGAAGACGCCGACUUGAGUUUUACAGUAGUCAUUUCCAGCACCAUGUUUGUCCCAAGACCGUUGAUGGUUUUGCCAGUGGGACUCCUGUUGUUGUUCCUGGGGCAGCAGGCCUGUGUGAAUGCGGAGGUCUUCACCGCCCUGUGUGACAUGGAGUACCUCAUACACAUGGAGAAGGACCUGGUGGACUCCCUGGAACAGUACAUACAGAGGGAAGAGGACAAGCUGAACAGAAUCAAGACCAUUCAUUCAAGGUUUAAGGCAGUGUCCAAGAUGGCAGGAGAGGAGCCUGUCAAACACCUGCACCACCCAGUCAACGCCUACCUCCUGGUGAAGAGGUACACUCGGGACUGGCCCCUGCUGGAGGCAUGGAUACAGGAGGACACUGCAGAAGAUUUCCUGUACAACCUGACAAAAGUGAAGGAGUCGUUCCCAUCUGAUGAGGACUACAUGGGAGCGGGGAAGGCGCUGGUGCGGCUUCAGGACACGUACGACCUGUCCACACAGAACAUCGCCAUGGGCAAGAUGGGACAGGAAAUGGCUAAGGCUACUCAUCCAGACAUGGAGUUUACUAAGAGCCCAGAGCUGUGGUCAGAGGACUGUUUUGAGUUGGGGCGGCUGGCGUAUGUCGACCAGGACUACUACCACUGUGCCCUGUGGAUGGAAGAGGCCCUGGCCAGGUUCCAGCCCGACCCUACAUCCGACCUCACUAAAGAUACCAUUCUGGAUUAUCUGGCUUACGCUAGUUACCAGGUAUGGCUUGGGGAGGAGGGAAACCAAAACAACAUUGAUCGUGCAUACCAGGCCACCAAGGAACUUCUGAAAAUCAAUCCUGAGCACACUCGUGCAUCCAACAACAUGCAGUUCUUCGAGAAAGAGAUAGCAAAGACAAGAAACCUGGUGACACCGCAGAAGGAAGAAGCUGAGUCUACAGAUCGGGGAGAGUACAGGCGGGACUUGGCCAGAGACUACCUGCCAGAGAGGGAGAUCUACGAGCUUCUGUGUCAAGCAGAACAACCAGAGUACUUCAACAUUACCCCAUCCAGGGUGAAGCACCUGAAGUGUCGUUACUUCAACAACAACAACCACCCCCGUCUGCUGCUGGCACCACAGAAGCUGGAGCAGAUCUUCGACAAGCCCAAGAUGUGGAUCUUCCACAACAUCCUGGAGGACCGGGAGAUGGAUGUCAUCAAGGAACUGGCCCAGCCACGGUUACGACGAGCUACAAUCCAAAAUUCCGUUACAGGAGAGUUAGAACACGCAUCCUACCGCAUUAGUAAGAGUGCUUGGCUGCAGGGCUGGGAACACAAGGUCAUCCGCCGGGUGAACCAGAGAGUGGAGGAUGUGACCGGUCUGACCAUGGAGACUGCAGAGGAGCUACAGGUUGUCAACUAUGGAAUGGGUGGACACUACGAACCACAUUUUGAUUUCGCAAGAAAAGAAGAGGUUAAUGCGUUCAAAAGCCUAGGAACAGGAAACAGAAUUGCUACCAUGCUGUUCUAUAUGAGUGACGUGGAAGCCGGAGGGGCAACUGUUUUCCCACAAGUUGGUGCCAGACUAGUCCCAGAAAAGGGAGCUGGUGCGUUCUGGUACAACUUGUUUAAGAGUGGGGAGGGUGACAUGCUGACCAGACAUGCUGCUUGUCCAGUGCUGGUUGGAAGUAAAUGGGUGUCCAAUAAGUGGAUCCAUGAACGAGGUCAGGAAUUCCGCAGGAAAUGUGGCCUGUCUCCAGAGGACUAGCAGCAGCCCCCCUCCCCACACACAUCCCAGGUCAUCCACAAACCAGCGGUACCCUGUCGGAACCCCAAUCUGCCAAGUCAUUUUACCUGUAGUACCUGGGUAUUCUAGAAGUCUCUAAAACUAAGCUUUUAAAUUAGAUGCCCGUGCACCUUCAUUCGAACAAAUCAGGAUUCUAACUUGGUGCUUUUUAUCACUUCUAGUUGCCUUGUAUUUUAAACUUAAUGCGAUGAAUUACGUUUUACACCCAGUUUUUACAGAAAGUGAAUUUUGAAAUUCUUGCCAUUUUAUUCAAGGCUUAUUUAAGAUGUAACAAACAUAAUAUAGUGGAAGGAAAUUCUACUAGCUAUUUGUCAAAAUGUGUAUCUGUACAACAGCCGAUAUCACAGAGGAGCUGAGAAA